UUUCCAAACUCUUACAGUUGAGAGCUGUGAACUCACACUGCACACACACGGCAUGGCAAUAAGGGUAUCAGCCUUGUUUUUAACUUGCAUCCUGAUUGCAGGGACUUAUUCAAGCACAACAAAUGCAAACGAUGGACCUGUCCUGCAAACCAAAUCAGGAGCCCUGAAAGGUGCACACAUUACUGCACAGGGGAAGGAAACAGUGAUCUAUUCCUACCUGGGCAUACCAUUUGCCAAGCCACCUGUGGGCCCAUUGAGACUGGCUCCACCCCAGCCUGCAGAGAGAUGGGACGGAGUGAGAGAUGCCACACAGCAGCCACCCAUGUGUCUGCAGGGGAAGCAGUUAAUAGUAGACUUGUUAGCUAAUGUGUCUAUGAAAAUGGAGAUUCCUGACUCAUCCGAGGACUGCCUUUACCUCAAUGUUUACACUCCUUCUAAACCUGUGGAAAAUGCCAAGUUACCUGUUAUGGUUUGGAUUCAUGGUGGAGGUUUGUCUAUGGCCUCUGCUUCCAUGUUUGACGGACAUGUUUUGGCUGCCUAUCAGAAUGUAGUUGUUGUCUUGAUUCAAUACAGGCUUGGACUACUUGGAUUUUUCAGCACAGGAGAUGAACAUGCACCAGGAAACUAUGGUCUUCUGGAUCAAGUGGCAGCACUCCAGUGGGUUCAGGAGAACAUCCACAGCUUUGGUGGAGAUCCUGGAUUAGUGACUAUCUUUGGAGAAUCUGCAGGAGGUGUCAGUGUGUCUUUGCAUGUUCUUUCACCAUUGUCUUCAAACCUCUUCCAUCAUGCUAUCGCCGAGAGUGGUACUGCAACAAUGGAUGCUAUCAUGAGUCCCAACCCUCUGCCAAUAGCUCAGGCUGUAGGUAAUAUAUCUGGCUGUGAUAUUUCCAGCACAAAGAAGAUUGUUGAAUGUGUCAUGCAGUUGUCAGAAGAGGGCAUCUUGAAGAUGGCUCAGGAGAAUCCAAUGUUUCGUUAUGGAGUGACAACAGAUGGCCAUUUCCUUCCAAAACCUGUAGAAGACCUUCUUUCAACCAACAAGUUUAACAAAGUGCCUCUCAUCACUGGAGUUACUGAUGAUGAGUGUGGAUAUAUGCUGCCUAAUUUCAUGUCACCUCCAGGGUGGACAGAUGGGAUGGACCGAGAGCAGAUCAUGCCAUUUUUGCAGAUGUUUUUUCCUGGUAUUCAGGAUCAGUCAACUGUUGAGCUUAUAUUAAAUGAAUAUCUUGGCACAUCUACUGACAGGAUUAAAAUCCGUGAUGGAUUUAGAGAGAUGUUGGGUGACUUUUUCUUCAAUAUACCAGCUCGCAAAAUAGCAAAUUACCACAGAGAUGCUGGUGCACCAGUAUAUGUGUAUGAAUUCCAGCAACCUCCCAGUAUACUUAAAAAGCAAAGACCCAGUUUUGUUGGAAGUGACCAUGGAGAUGAGCUUUUCUUUGUUCUUGGCUACUGCUUUGCAAAUGGACAUAUAAAGGUGGAAGGUAAACUGACAGAGAAAGAAAAUGAACUUUGUAGGACAAUCAUGGCUUAUUGGGGGAACUUUGCUCGUACUGGGUCUCCAAAUGGUCCGGGCCUCACUCAAUGGCCUAAAUAUGGAGCAGAGGCUGAGUAUCUCGGCAUUGGACUGGAACAGAAACCUGGAAAAGACCUGAAGGGAAAACACUAUACUUUCAUGACCCAAACCCUUCAGCAGAUCAUAAAAGACCGAAAGGAAGGACCUGUAGUACAUACCAAAUUAGGAAGUCUAAGAGGUUCCUUCAUGACUGUGAAGGGCAAGGAAACAAUCAUUAAUAGUUACCUAGCUUUACCAUUCGCAAAGCCGCCUGUGGGGCCCCUAAGACUGGCAUCACCCCAACCUGCCGAGAAAUGGGACGGAGUGAGAGAUGCUACAAAACAGCCACCCAUGUGUCUUCAGAUGAAGGAGAUUCUCGUAGACUUAAUAGCUAAUUGGUCUAUGACUAUGGAUAUUCCUGAGGUAUCAGAAGACUGUCUUUACCUCAAUAUUUACACUCCCUCUAAACCUGGAGACAAUGCAAAGUUACCUGUCAUGGUUUGGAUUCAUGGUGGAGGUUUCAGUACGGGCUCUGCUUCCUUUUUUGAUGGAGCUGCAUUGGCGGCCUAUCAGGAUGUAGUUGUGGUCAUGAUCCAAUACAGGCUUGGCUUACUUGGAUUUUUUAGCACAGGAGAUGAACAUGCACCAGGAAACUAUGGUCUUCUGGAUCAGGUGGCAGCACUUCAGUGGGUCCAGGAGAAUAUUCACAACUUCGGUGGAGAUCCUGGAUUAGUGACCAUCUUUGGGGAAUCUGCAGGAGGAGUCAGUGUGUCUUUACAAGUUCUUUCACCAUUAUCCAAAAACCUUUUCCAUUAUGCUAUCGCAGAGAGUGGUACUGCAGCAAUGGACAGUGUAAUACAUACCAACCCUCUGCCAUUAGCUCAGUCUUUAGGGAAUGCAUCAGGCUGUGAUAUUUCCAGCAUAAAGAAGAUUGUCGAAUGUGUCAUGCAGUUGACAGAAGAUGACAUCUUGAAGAUCUCACAGGAGAUUCCAAUGAUUCAUUUUGGAGUUACAACAGAUGGCCAUUUCCUUCCAAAAUCUGUAAAAGAGAUUCUUCAAAGCCACGAGUUUAACAAAGUGCCUCUCAUCACUGGAGUUACGGAUGAUGAUGGAGGCUAUUUACUACCGAGUAUUCUUGGACCCCCAGGAUGGACAGAUGGGAUGGACAGAGAACAGAUUGUACCAUUUUUGCCUUUCUUUUAUCCUGAUCUUCAAGAUCAGUCUCUCGCUGAGUUUGUGUUAAAUGAGUAUCUGGGCUCAUCCAGUGACAGGAUCAAAAUCCGAGAUGGUUUUAGGGAGAUGUUGGGAGACUUUUUAUUCAAUAUACCUGCUCGCAUAGUAGCAAAUUACCACAGAGAUGCUGGUGCACCAGUAUAUGUGUAUGAAUUCCAGCAUCCUCCCAGUAUAAUUGAAAACAAAAGACCCAGUUUUGUUGGAAGUGACCAUGGAGAUGAGCUUUUAUUUGUUUUCGGCUACUGCUUUGCAAAUGGACAUAUAAAACUGGAAGCUGAAAUGACAGAGAAAGAAAAUGAAAUUUGUAGAACCACCAUGGAUUAUUGGGGGAACUUUGCUCGCACUGGGUCUCCAAAUGGUCCGGGCCUCACUCAAUGGCCUAAAUAUGGAGCAGAGGCUGAGUAUCUCAGCAUUGGACUGGAACAGAAACCUGGAAAAGACCUAAAGGGAAAACACUUUACUUUCAUGACCCAAACCCUUCAACAGAUCAUAAAAGAGAGAAAGCAAGGACCUGUAGUACAUACCAAACUAGGAAGUCUAAGAGGUGCCUUCCUCACUGUGAAGGGCAAGGAAACACUCGUAAGUAGUUACCUAGCUGUACCAUUCGCAAAGCCGCCUGUGGGGCCCCUGAGACUGGCUCGGCCCCAACCUGCCGAGAAAUGGGACGGAGUGAGAGAUGCUACUAAACAGCCACCCAUGUGUAUUCAGGACAGGCAGGUGACUGUAAAUGAACUGGGGUUUAUGAGCAUGGAGGUGCCUGAAGUGUCAGAGGAUUGCUUGUAUCUCAACAUCUACACUCCAUCUAAAUCUGGUGAAGAUGCCAAGUUACCAGUCAUGGUUUGGAUCUAUGGUGGAGGACUAUCAUAUGGUUCAGCCUCAAUACAUGAUGGCUCGGUCCUGUCAGCGUAUCAGAAUGUGGUUGUGGUGAUGAUCCAGUACAGAUUGGGUCUGAUAGGAUUCUUCAGCACAGGAGAUGAACAUGCACCAGGAAACUAUGGUUUUCUGGAUCAGGUGGCAGCACUCCAGUGGGUUCAGGAGAACAUCCACAGCUUUGGUGGAGAUCCAGGAUCAGUAACUAUCUUUGGAGAAUCUGCAGGAGGAAUAAGUGUAUCCUUGCUGGUUCUCUCCCCAUUGGCUUCUGGUCUGUUCCAUCGAGCCAUAGCAGAAAGUGGCACUGCUCUUUGGAAUGGUCUUGAGAUGGGCAAUCCUUUACCAUUAGCUCAGCAUGUAGCCAAAUCAUCAAACUGUGACUUCAGUAGUUCAUCAAAGAUUGUUGAAUGCAUCAUGAGCUGGUCUGAAGAGGAAGCUAUUAAAUAUUCCAAACAGUACAAAAUGAUGUACUUCGGAGUUGCAGUGGAUUCAUAUUUCCUUCCCAAGCCCAUAAAGGAGAUUAUUCAGAACCAAGAAUUCAGUAAAGUUCCUCUCAUUACUGGUAUUACUGAUGAUGAGUUUGGCUUUUUGUUGGCCACAUUCUUUGAGCCUCCAGGAUGGACUGAGGGAAUGGAUAAAGAACAAGCCACCCAAACCUUGAUUUUUGCUUUUCCUGAACCUAAGGAUCGAUGGAUCACUGACCUGGUGGCUAAGGAAUACCUAGGCAACACUAACGACCGUGUUCAAAUUCGAGACAAUUAUAGAGAGAUGAUGGGGGACGUGCUGUUUAAUAUUCCUGCCCUCAAACUGGCAAAAUACCACAGCGAUUCAGGAGCACCAGUUUACCUGUAUGAGUUCCAACAUUCUCCAAGUAUGAUCAAGAAGAACAGGCCCAGCUUUGUUGGUGUUGAUCAUGGAGAUGAUCUUUUCUUUGUUCUGGGCAGCUGCUUCACAAAAGCCCAUAUCACUAUAACUGCUUCUUUCACAAAGGAAGAGGAUGAACUAUGCAGAACUGUGAUGGCCUACUGGGGAAACUUUGCUCGCACUGGGUCUCCAAAUGGUCCCGGUCUCAUAGUAUGGCCUGAAUAUGGAUCUGAGCUUGAGCAUCUCGGCAUUGGACUGAAACAGAAACCUGAGAAGAACCUGAAGGGAAAGCACUAUACUUUCAUGACUAAAACACUUCCAGAGCUUGUGCGCCAAGGCCGAAAGAGGCACUCAGAACUGUAGGAAAAACAAAUUGUUGCUUUAUCCUCUUAAUUGACACUUGAAACUAUUUCAGACUAAUUUUAAAGAAAUUCAGAGGGUAAAAUUAAAAAAAAUGGAACAAUAACGGUGAUUAUCUUAUAAGAAUUUGCAUAGUUAAAUUUGCACUGAAAAGGGUCCCUCUGUAUACAUUGUCAACAUUUUGAAUAUUUCUUGAUGCUGCAGUUUGAAUUUCACAAGGUAAGAAAGUUCUUGAGAAAUGUUCAACUUGAGCAUGAGAAGUGAUUUUGAACACCCAAUCAUCUGACAUAUUGACAAAUGUACUUUGAACAAUUUAACUAUUUGUUAACUAACCUGUCACAAUUAAAAAUAAAAUGCAAAGUCAGACAUUGUUUUUCCUCCAUUUUAUUAAGAACAAAUGAAGGCUAAGCGGCAAACCUCCCUGAAUUUGAAUGCAACAGGGUGCAUACUAGUUAUGAAUUUGCACUUAAAGAAUUUGACAAUUUUACAUGGACAUCAGUCUAACUAUUGACAAUCUUUUAAUGCUAAAUAAGAAAUUUCCAAGCAAAUACCAUUUUCCAAUUACCUAUACUUAACGCCAAAUGAAGAAUAAGCACUAUAAGUAUUCAUAUUUUGAUAGCUUUGGAAAUUUGCCGUUUUGCUACUCAUAAGAUCACUCUUCUUAAUAACAUAUUAUUUACAUUACCAUAUGACUGAAAGAUUCAAGAUAAGACAAAUGAAACUGCAAAACUUACAGUGACAAGAAAAAGUAUGAGAACCUUUUGGAAUUACCUGUAUUUAUGUAUACAUUUUUCUUAAAAUCUGGUUUGAUCUUCAUCAAAGUUACAAUAAUGAACAAACAAAUUAAUGUAUUGUUUUUGUACAUAUUGAAUACAUCUGUCAAACAUUCACAAUGUUAGUUUGGAAAAGUAUGUGAACCUAGGCUAAUGAUGUCAACAAAAGCUAAUUAGAGUCAGGAGUUGGCAAACCAGGCAUCCAAUUAAUGAAACGAGAUCGGAGGUGUAGGUUAAAGCUACUUUGACUUAUAAGAAGCACUCAAACAUUUUGAGUUUGCUAUUCACAAGAAGCAUCUGCUGACGUGGACCAUGCCCUGCAAAGAAGAGAUCUCUGAAGACCUACAAUCAAGAAUUGUUGUUUGCAUAAAGCUGGAAAGGGUUAGAAGAGCUUAUAUAUUCAUCUGAUCUGUCCACAGUUAGACAAAUUGUCUAUAAAUGGAGACAAUUUAGUACUGUGGCUACUCUCCCUAGAAGUGGCCGUCCAGCCAAGAUGACUUAAAUGGCACACCGCAGAAUGCUCCAAUGAGGUAAAAAAGAACCCUGGCGUGACAACUAAAGACUUGAAGGAAUCAUUGGAACUGGUCAACAUCUCUGUUCAUGAGUCUACUACACGGCAAACAUUAAACCAUGAAGGAAGCCGCUGCUUUCCAAAAUGAAAAAAAAACAAAACAUUGCUGUGCGCCUGAAGUUUGCCAAAGACCACCUUGACAUUCCACAACGCUACUAAGAAAAUGUUCUGUGGACUGUUGAAACUAAGGUUGAAUUGUUUGGGAAGAACACGCAGCACUACGUAUGGCGUAAAAAGGGCACAUAUACCAACAUGAAAACAUCAUCCCAACGGUAAAGUACGGUGGAGGGAGCAAUCAUGAUUUGGAGCUACUUUGCUGCUUUGGGGCCUGAACCACUUACCAUCUUCAAGGGAAAAAAUGAUUCCCAAGAUUAUCAAAAUAUCCUACUGGAUUAUAUCAGGGUGGCUGUGCGCCAGCUGAAGAUCAGCAGAAGUUGGGUGAUGCAGCAGGACAAUGACCCUAAACAUCAGUAAAUCCACUACAGAAUGGCUUCAAAAAAAGAAAAUCUACCUUUUGUGUGGCUCAGUCAGAGCCCAGACCUUAACCCAAUAGAGAUGCUGUGGAAUGACCUCAAAAGAGCCAUUCACACCAGACAUCCUAAGAAUAUGGUUGAGCUGAAGCAGUUUUGUAAGGAAGAAUGGACCAAAAUUCCAUCUGAGCGUUGUGCAGGUCUAAUCAGCAGCUACUGGAAAUGCUUGGUUGAGGUUAUUGCUGCAGUUAUUAAAUCCAAGGGUUCAGUUACUUUUUCCACAGCACUGUGAAUGCUUAAUGUGAUGUGUUCAAUAAAGUCAAGAAAGAUUAUAAUUGUUUGUGUGUUGUUAGCUUAAAGGAAUAGUUCAUCCAAAUAUGAAAAUUCUCUCAUUAUUCACUUACCCUGAUGCCAUCCCAGAUGUGUAUGACUGUCUUUCUUCAGCAGAACAC